UGGCGAUCCAGAUGGAAACGAACUGCGUCUGGACUUCCCUGCUGAGGACAGCCAGCGAGGGAACGGGGCAUUCAUGGAAGACGAGGUGCGCCGGAAGGGCAAGGUGAUCAGGCAGGAUUCUCGAGGAGCCAUCGGGGAGUCCGGCCGUUCGUACAGAUACGACGUGUUCCUAAGCUUCCGUGGCGAGGACACGCGCAACGGCUUCACCAGCCACCUCCACGCGGCGCUCGACCAGCGAGGAAUCGACGCAUUCCUGGAUGAGGAGGAGCUCCGGCAGGGCGAGGAGAUUGCGCCGGCAAUCCUCAGAGCCAUCGAGGAGUCGAGGAUCUCGAUCGUCGUGUUCUCGGAGAACUACGCGUCCUCUAGCUGGUGCUUGGACGAGCUGGUGAGAAUCGUGGAGUGCAGGGAUACGAUGGGGCAGAUGGUGUGCCCGGUGUUCUACAAGGUGGAUCCCUCGAAUGUGAGGAAGCACAGGGGGAGGUACAGGCAAGCCCUAAUCGAUCACGAGGAGAGAUUGAAGUCAAACAGCAGCGAUCCGGAGAAGGUGAAGAGGUGGAGAGAAGCACUGACUGCAGCAGCUCACAUCUCCGGCUGGCAUUUGGUUGACCAGCGUGAGUCUUAUGUCAUUAAGAACAUUGUCAAGAGAGUAUGCGCUCAGCUGAAGAAUCGCAAGAAGUUAUCUGUGCCUGAAAACGUGGUUGCCAUGGACUCACAUGUGCACCAUUUGCGUACUUUGCUUGACAUGGAAUCGAAUGAGGUUCGCAUGGUUGGAAUUUACGGAUCUGGAGGAAUAGGAAAGACAACUAUCGCCAAAGCUACUUACAAUGCCUUUGCGCACAAAUUUGAGUAUUGCAGCUUUCUUUCCAACAUUAGAGCAACUUGCGAGAACUCCUCAGAAAGUGGCCUACUUAAGCUUCAAGAGGCACUUAUUCCUGAGGUAAGGUGGGAUGAUGGUCUGAAGCUUGGCAAUGUCCACGAAGGUAUGAGCAUGACAAAGAGUAGACUUUGCAAAAAAAAGGUCCUCAUUGUCCUUGAUGAUGUGAGCCAAUUGAUCCAAUUGGAAACACUAGUUGGAGGACACGAUUGGUUUGGUUGUGGAAGUAGAAUCAUCAUAACGGCUAGAGAUGCUUAUUUACUGGCUGUUCAUGGCAUGCACGGUAUGUACAAGGUUCAACCAUUAGAUCGUUUAUCGGCUCGUACGCUUUUCAGGACAAUUGUUUUCCCAAAUUCUUCUCCUUGUCCAGAUCAUGAAGAGCUUUCAUAUAAUAUAGUGGAAUACACCAAAGGACUUCCGUUAGCCAUUAAAGUUUUGGGUUCUUCUCUUCGAGGUAAAAAAUUACCGGUAUGGAAAAGCAAAUUAGAUAAAUUGAAGGAAGUUUUCAAUGGAGACAUCUUCAGUGUGCUGAGAAUGAGCUUUGAUGGUCUAGAUGAUUAUGAGAAGGAUAUUUUUCUUGACAUUGCAUGUUUCUUCAAGGGAGAGAAUGAAAGUUAUGUGAGAAAUGUUUUGAAGAGUUGUGAUCUCUACCCAGAUGAUGGAAUUGAGGUUCUAUUAGAUAAGUUGCUCAUCACUAUUGAGCAUGGCAAGCUGGAAAUGCAUGAUAUGAUUCAAGAAAUGGGAAGAGAAAUUGUUCGGAAGGAAUCUCCCAAAGAGCCAGGGGAGCGCAGCAGAUUGUGGUUCUAUAAGGAUGUGCUUCAUGUUCUAACAGAAGGCACGGGAACGAGUAAAGUAGAAGCAAUAAUGAUCAAGUUGGCUGCUCCUGAAGAAGUACACUUUAGUGCUCAAGCCUUCACAAACAUGAGGAGGCUCAGAAUUUUCUUAGCUCGCAAUGUAUACCAUACGGGUGAUCCCGUAUACUUUCCUACUGAAUUGAGAUGGCUAGAAUGGCCCGAUUAUUAUCCAACAUCAGUGUCAUUCAAUACAGGCCAUAGGAAACUUGUAGGUCUAGACCUAAGUAAAAGCACCAUCCGCCUAUUGGGGAAGACAUUCGAGGUACAUACUUGCAAUAUUCUCUUUCGUCAAAAUAAUAGAUGAAUCUGUGAAGAUCUU